CCGCUCCUGUGUUGCUUGUCAAACUGCGCAGCGGAGGAAAUUCCGCAAAACGUAUGUAUUGUGAGUGUGCGUGAGGGAUAUUGCUCAAAUAACUAAGCUGUAUCUGCGAAGAUCUCUCGCAGGCGAGAGUUCAGAUACGUGAAGUGAAAUCAUACAUAAGAACGAAAUAUAUACUCGUACUUUUGCCUGUAGUGACUUGUAAGUAAUCGGCAAAGGCUCGGUGUAAAAAUCAACGGACAAAGGAACCUUUGUGCUAAUAUGACUCUCACGCUGCUGCGCACCUUUGACAAAGAUGAAAUUCUUGGCUGGUCACCUGUCCGUUUCGCAGAGGAAAUGGAGCAUUGGGAGUCUGUGGAAAUGGUUCUUAUUGAAGGAGCCUCUAUGAGUGACUUAGCUGUGACGAAGAGGAAGCUACAAGACUCGGAACGUGCGGCACUGAUCUUUGGCGAGCUCUGCAGGCGUAGGCUGGUGAGACUGCUCACCUUUGCCCUUCAACAGAGGCCUUGUCUGGUGCAAGCUGAGCUGCCGCUCAAUCGUUCCCCACUACACGAAGCGGCCCGCUCUGGCUGCCCAGCAACUGUCCGCUGUCUCAUUGCAGCAGGCGCUGUGGUCAGUGCUGCCGAUGACCACGGCAUGACUCCACUACACGAAGCAGCAGCCCACUCCAACGACUUCACUGUGCGCAUACUUCUAGAUGCUGGCGCCGUUCCUGACACCACAGACAAUGGAGGGAGAACGGCUCUGCACUAUGCGUCCAGAAGUGGUUCCGCUGCCUGCAUCCAGCUUCUGCUGGCAAAGGGUGUGCCUGUGGACCAUGUAAGUGCUGAUGGCUGUACUGCUCUCCACGAGGCCGCCACCAGCCCCAGUGCCCACGCCGUCCGCUUGCUGCUGGACGCUGGUGCUGACAAACAUGCAAAGUCUGCUUCUGGCUGGACAGCUCUACACUGGGCCGCCAGCAGGGGUCGACUGUACGCUGUUAUGAUCUUACUGGAAGCUGGCAUUAGUGUGGAUGUGAAGACAGUGGAUGAGGAAACGCCUCUUCACCUUGCAGCAACCCUCACAUUGUGCGAUGUUUGGGAGGCUCUCGUCAGGGCUGGAGCAGAUGAAGGAGCUGUGGACAAGAAUGGUCGGACACCAAAGGAACGAGCUGCAGAUAAGUCAGUGCCUAAUGUUGUAGGGUAUGACAUUCGUGGAACAAGCACCAGCGAUAUAUCACCAAACCAGUCUCACAUUCCUCUGGGAGCGGCAAAUGAUGCUCCAUUGAUAUCCAGUGGUAAUGUCUGUGAUUCAGAGAAUCUCCCUGCUGAAGAUUCAGUUGUGCCAUUAAGCAGUGCGUCACCAAAUUCUACAACACAACAAGCAGUAACAACAACUGCUGAAGAAGAUAAAGGAACAGGUGUAGAGGGUGCACCAUCAGUUUCUGGUCAAACAGCAGACAAUAAGGGUAGCUUAUUGUAUGAGACAUCAAGCAAUAGUAUCUGUGAGACUGAGGAACUAACUGUGCCUUUAAGCAGUGUGACACUAAAUUCUACAACACAACAAACCAUAACAGACUUCCAAGAAGAUGAAGGAGCAAGUGUAGAGUGUAUGUCAGCAGUUUCUAGUCAAAGAACAGACAGCAUGCAUAGUUCAUCGUGUGAGGAAUACAGUGAAUUGAGUGAUGAAACAGGGAGUGCUGAUGAAACAUAUAGUGGUGAGCUACUGGAGAGUGAUGAAGAAACAGACAGUGGUGAUGAAACGGCGAGCGAUGAAGAAAUGGGCAGUGAUGAGGAAACAGGCAGUGGUGCAGAUGAAGAAGAUGCUUCUUCCUACAUCAGCUCAGCAAAUGAAGAAAUAGAUAAAGUCUCAGAAAGAGGGUCAGUUAAGGAACUUUUCUCCCCUAUUCUGACAACUAAUACAAUAAUGCAUUAUGAGGGACCUCCAUUGUUCCAUACUUUGGGAACUGUUGGCACUUCCUCAAAAUACAACCAACAAGAAACAAAAUUUCAAGGAAAAUUUAGAGGAAGAGGACGCGGAGCUCCUAGAGGUACUCGUGGGAGAGCAGCAGCAUAUACCACCAGAUCAGUGGCAUCAGCAUCAAGACAAGAAAAUGUCAGUCAAUCUCCACAUUCACAAGGAAGUAGACAGCAUGGUAGGAGCAAUGAGAAAGUAAUCAGAAGAGGAAAUGUUAAUGGUUCUGUAUAUCAACAUGCAACAAGGCAAGGUGAUGGAAAUUGUGGCCAACCAAAUACAGUUCUGUUUGGAGGUGGAUCAAUCCAGCCACAUACCAAACAACAACCUAGUGUGAGAGAUGACUAUAAGAACAGAGAGCCUCAUAUGGCAGCAGACAAGAAAAACAAAAAGAUAAAACACCCAAAAUCUGUAUCAAAACAGCAAGGAGAUUCUAAUGCGGAACACAAGAAGCAAAAGCGACCUGAUUCCCAGCAUGGUGUAAGUCAUCACAAAAAAAGACAUGGUGAAAGUCACCAUGGCAGUCAGCGUGGUGGAGGUUACGGUAAUCAAAACAGUGAAGGUCAACAUGGUAAUCAACAUGGUGGAAGUCAUUAUGGCAAUCGACAUGGCAAAGGCCAUCAUAGUAAUAAAUCUAGUGAAAGUCAUAGCAGUAAUCAGUUUGGGGAAACUAAUAAUGGUAAUCGACAUGGUGAAGGCCAUAGGGGUAAUCGACAUGGUGAAGCUCAUUUCGGUAAUCAGUCUGCUGGUCACCAUGGUAAUGGUCAUUAUGCUAAUCGACAAGGGGAAAGUCGGGCUGGUAAGUGGAAUGGUGCGGGCCGUGGUGGUAAGAGCCAUGGCAGAAGUUGAGGAGGUAAGAGUUGAUAAGUUACUGAGUAGAUGGGUUGCUGCUAACUAUAUCAUAAACUUAAGCUGAGAAUAAAAAGAGGAAUACAAUAUCUGAAUCUACAGCAAACUAGUGUACAGUUGUUGCAACUGUCAAUACAGUGGGCAGCUGUGGUAUAACGGACUUUUAUUUUAAUAUCUGUACACAAUAAAACAUUUACAUUUACAUUGGAAGAAAGAACAUAGACAAUGUCUAGUAGGAAACAUCAGAGUGAUGAACAAUGAUAAGCUGCAGUUUUUAUUGUUGCAGAAUUUGUGCUUCAUGUACAAAUGUGUUACAGGGGAGGACUGAUGCUGCAGAUCUCAGAGUUGAAUACUCCACUGGGAACACUCCUCUGGGUGUAAAGAACAAUGUGAGAAUGUCACCAGAUCCAACUGUGAAUGUGUGUGUUAGUGCUGAUAUAACUACGUUAAGACGGAUAAAUGGAACAUCCAAUUUAUUUUAAUGUGUGGAAACUGCUGUUUCCUGUCGAGGUCAUUCCUGUACAUGAGGCAUGUCAGGUGGUACAAUACUAUGGAUUCCAUUUUAAAAUCUUAACAGGUUCUGUAAGCUGUUUCACAGCUGUGAAGAGGGCAAAGUUGUAUGAGCACUGUUGGGUUCUAGCAAGCUUUGAGAUUUAUGGUUGCUGUAAUUUUUACUUUUCAAACAAUUUUUUCUAAAUAAAACUAAAAAAGAAACUUUCUAUAAAAAAGCUUCUAAAAGACUUUUGUGCAUUCACAGUGUGUAUGUAUAUAAGUGAGAUUAUACAAUGACUGCCUGCUGUGACAUAUGUGCUGAAUAUUUGCUCAGACUGUAGCUGUUUUCACAUGAAACAUUUGUGUUUCAGAAAGGGGACAUGACUGAAAUCUUGGCAUCACAGAAGUGACCCAUCUUAGACAAGUGUACAUUUACUGGUACCUGACUAGUACCACAUACAUGAGUAUGUAGGAAACAUGCUGCUAUAGGACAAAUUAUAAAUGAGAGUAAUUUUUUACCUCUGGAUUAUACUGCAGAAUAGUUUUAUGUAAUGUGCUAGCAAGGAGCAGUUCAUGUUUUGUACUGCUGUAAUUUAGGAUGAUGUUAUUCUGAUGUUAAGUGAACAUGAUUGUUGAAUCCAAUGAUCACAGUUGAACUCUAUAUCUUUCUUUUUUGUUCAUGAGAGGCUUUUGAAACUUUUAUCAGCAAUAACACAGUUUUUGGAAUCUGGAAUUCCAUAUGUACUCUCAAGACUGGAUUUAAUUGGUGUACUGAAUGAUUAGUUAUGUGUUGUUGAAAUAUUUGUGUAAAUAUGAUAAGUAGAAUGUCCUGAGGGGAGUAAAGGUAACAACUCACCCUGUAGUUGAGACAUUGAGCAGUUGAUAGGCACAAAAACAAGAGUGAAAAUGUGACUACAUUCUACAUUGUACUGGCUCUGCAGCUCUGAAGAGAAACAUUAUCCGAACACCUAGCAACAAUUUCAGCAUUUGUAUGUGUCUCAUCCAUUCAGUGCCUUGUCUAUACAUUGAUUUUGGUAUGUUCCAUGAUAUAUUAGUAUGUUUAGUGUGUUUAAUGUGCUAUUUUUCCAGUAAAUAGCUUACUGCAUUUUUUUAUGUGUCAGUGACCAUUUAUUUUGCUAUGUUUAUUUUAUGGUAUUUAAUUUUCAUUGGUUUACUCAGUUUUGUUUGUGUGAUGUGUAAUAGUUUCUUAAUUCUCAUUUUGUUGGCUUAAUUUCUUGUGUCUGAGAGUUCUGUACAAUUAAUUUAGAUAAUUUAUAAAUUACAUAAAUCUUUGUUUUCUUCUUUUUCCUGGCCUUACCCCAUAUCUUCAGGGGUUUCAGCAUGUUAAUGUGGAUUUGGCAAUGGCAGUGGUAGAGGGUGGCUGGAUGCGCUGUCACUACCCAUUUUUCUUCAUACGGAAUUUGUGUACCCCUCUUGUCUGCGUCUGUUGUUAAGUUGUGAAAGUGUGCGAAUAUUUUUCCAAAUGUUUGCGAAUAGUGUAACUGAGGUGGAACUAGGGCACCCGUCCAGUAUUCACCUAGACGGAUGUGAAAACUGCGUAAAGACUGUCCUGCAAACCAGCCCUUAUGGUUAAUCUGCCAUGCAGAAUUGAUGCAGGACAGGUGUGCCUCCCCUAAUUCAGGAAGCAGCAUGCUAACAUGCAUGGCAAUCUGGAUAGAUCUGUAAAAGAGGUAACUACUUUUUGCAAAUUUUUUAGAUAGAGAGCAGCAUGCAUUGUUCUGAAUGAACAUAUAGAUACUGUUCUGUACAUAGGUUACAAGAUGGCUCAUAGUGAAGCAGUAUGGUCCUGACAUUAGUGAGAAGAUUGUGUCACUCUUUGAAUGCAAGGGUAAAUAAAAUGCAAACCAGACUUUGUGUUUUAUGUGCCUUUUUGUAAAUGGAGAAAGGCAUGAUCUCUGCUCAUUGUUGCUUUCAUUUCCAGUGAUAGUUCUGUACAGCUAAAAGUUUUCAUACUAUUACUUUAAUCUGAAUCAAAUGUCAGUGCAAGAGGUACCAUCAUCUGUUGCGUAACACAUUAUAGUGAAGUAUUCACAACAGACGGUGUAAAACCACCCAACAUUUUGAAAAGACUUGUGGCACAGUUCGGGGAUAAUACUCUGAAAAAGACUCAAGUGCACACAUGGCACAAACAGUUUUAACAAGAAAGAGAAACUGUUGAGAAUGCAGCUCACCAAUAUUGCCGGAAGACCAGUAUGACUGAAGAGAAUAUUUACAUUGUUAGCUAGCUUAUUGACAACGAAUGACAUAUAACAAUUCUUAAAUUUGCUACUGAGGUUGGCACAAGCUCCAGUAAUACUCGGGCAAUCGUUACUGAUAACCUUGAAUUUUGAAAAGAGAUGGAAAGUGGGUACCUCAUCUUUUCACCAAGCAACUACCCGAACUCAGCAAAACAUUCAGGAAUUGUUCUGGAUCACACUAGAUCAUCCUUCCUACAAUCUGCAAUUAUUGCCCUGAGAACUUCAUUUGUUUGCACCACUAAAGGAAGCAGUCAGGGAACACAGAUUUGACAUCAGUGGCGUUGUCAAAGUGAUUCUGCACAACUGGCUGCUGUCACAGACACAUUCAUUUUACAAAAAUGGGAUCAAGGAACAGCCUAUCCACUGGGAAAAGUUUGUUUCCCAUUCAAGAGACUAUACAGAAUUGUAUGAAUUUUAUCUGAAGCUUAAACAACCUCUUAAAAAGAAAUGCCAGUAUAUAUUUGAUUCAAACUCGUAUUAUGACAAGCCCUGAAUAAUGCAUUCUAUGGAAUGUGUUAAGGCAGAGGUUGCGGUGAUCUUUGGCAGUGGUGACACAGGUGUUCUUAAUGCAUUGUCAGUCAUCAGGUCACAUAAUUAGUGGUAUUGUUAAAAUAUGAAUCCUUUUGGUAAGCUGAAUGCGUCUAGUAAGGCACUACUUACGUGGAGAACUGCCAAAGCAAUAUCCAUUAUACUUAUGUGAUUCUCUAUGUUUUAAUUGUGCAUCUUUUACUCAUUCCAUAUCUUCUGUUUAAAUGUAAGAAAAUAAAAAAAAAUUUAAAAAAAUGAUGAACUCCUGGUAUUUAAUACAGGAAAAUAAAUGGGAAAAUGUUUAGAACUAGGUGCAUACAACCUAAUCUAAUACUGUUGUAGAACUAAUGCAUGGUUGGGGUGGGAGUGCUUUUAUGUACAAAAAUCUAAGUUGACUCCCAAGCCUUAUGUAUUAUAGAAUAUUGAAUUGAACAACAGUGGGUCUAAAACACACAAGCUGUUAAUACUAAUAGUUUACAAGUCAUAAUUUAAC